AUGCGGGGAAUUCCAGCCAUGCUUGGGCUGCUCCUCAGUGCAACUGUAGCCUCUGUCGACCAGCUUCAAUUUCUACAUGACACCCUUGAGUCGGUGCACAAGGAAAUGCACAUUUCCACACUACUCGUGAUGCAGCGUCACCAGAGACAUUCGGCCCCGGACCCACUGCAGCCAUUCUAUCCGCUCGCCUGGCCCACGCUUCGGCUCGACAAAGGCCAACGAGUUGAGAUUUCGACCAGGUACAUGAGACCGGCCCUGGCCCUGGUGUACAUGGACGCCUACGAGGAUACUGUGCUACUGGAUGCCCUGGCCGAGUGCUUCAAUCACAUGCGAGAGACAAGGAUUGUGAUUUGGCUGCGUGUCCCACUGUCGGAGCAGUUGCUUGCCACGAUCUGUCAGCAGGCGACUGAGCACAGUUUCCUCAAUCUUCUGGUACUGGAAGGAACUACCAGCGCCCAUCGCUUGCAGCCAUUUCCUCGUGCGCACUUUCAAUCGAUUCAAAUUCAAAGGAAUCCAAAUGGUAUCUUUCCCUGUCCGUGGCUCAACUUUCAGGGCAGGGAGGCCAAGACACAAGUCUCCCUUAAGCCACCGCAAAGCUUCUACUGGAAGGAUCCUCUCACCGGUGGCGAGAAGAGCAGUGGCUACGUGUACAGCCUGAUGAGGACCUUCGCAGAGAAGCGCAACAUAAGCCUGGUACUGCUACAGGAUUCGGCUGGUAAGGCCAAAAUGGAUUGGAGUAUGGAGCUGAACGAGACGAUUGCAGGGGAUCUGGAUCUGCCUAUGACUGCCCAUUUUGCCAACUUGAGGGGUCCCAAUCAGAGUCGGAUUAAUGCCUUAGUCGGAUUAAUAACCAUCACGAUAGUAGUUCCCUGCGGGCAGGAGCUGAGGCUGGGGGACUUAUUCAAUUCCGUUUGUGUCCCGCAAAUGGUUCCUUGUAUGCUGGUGAACUACAUCUGCUUUACAGUGGCGGAGAGCCUGCUGGGAGCAAUCUACAACCACUGGGCCCACAGGCGUCGCAGAUUCAGAUGCAUAAAUCUGCUACUCAAUCUUCGGGUCCUGCGAAGUAUUCUGGGUAUGGCCGGAGAGCUCCCAUUGAGGCAUCGGACUUCCACCGCUUUGGGGCAGCUCAUCGCGUUUAUGUCUUACGCCGGCUUCCUGGUGACGACAUUGUUUGGUGCCCAUAUGAGCACUCUGCUGACCAUGUCUCCCCACUACCGACACAUUCGCACGAUCAAGGAGCUGCGCGACAGCAACCUGACCGUUGUCUUCAACAAAAUGAGUCUCAGCGUGAUCACCAAGAAAGUGGAUCCCGAUUUCGUGAGCAGCCAGCUGCCCAAUGUCCAGCUCAUGCUGGGUAAAGAUCAAACGGAUCUGAUCACUAGUCUGAACACCAGCUACGCCUAUCAGGUAUACGCCUACUCCCACGAUCCCUUGUGGUCUGUGCAGCAACACUCCAGCCGCAAGGCCCUGUGCAAGUCCCCCCACCUGGAUCUCAUCAGAGACAUUCCGUCCUGCAUUGUCCUCCUGCAGAACUCGGUCUAUGGCCUGGCAGUGGCACAAUUUGUGGACUGGGCAUGGUCUGUCGGCCUCAUGGCCCACUGGUACAGUCAAGCGGUUCACGAUAUGAUCUAUUCGGGCGUUACCCCGCAACGCUCUUUGCCACAGCCGAUCGCAGCGAGUCCCAUAACUCCACAAGAUUACAAAACAGUGUGGACCAUGCACGGUGUGGGCUGUCUUCUGGCAGUUUGCGUUUUCAUUGCCGAGUUGGUAGUGGGUCGAAGAAGGGCUCGAAUCGGUGGCAGAAAUUAA